AUGUCGUCAGUUUCUCAGCCUGGCCCUGAUGCCAUGGUCACCGUCAAGGUGACAUACGAUGGCGUCACUCGCAGAGCCAAGAUGCCUCUGCGUGAGAUGGUUCCUCGCGUUCUUGAGGAGCACAUUCGAACGUUCCUUCAAAUUCCCGCCGAUACCAAGAUCAUGAUUGAACGCUACUCCGAUUCUGCUGCUGCGUUUGUCAUGCUUGAUUCCUCCAACAUGGCUGUCUACAAACAGCUGUAUAGAGCCGCCAAGGCAAAGUCGAAGCUCAAGCUGCGUGUUUCCGUUUUGCCCCAGAGCGACCGGUCAUCCCCUCGACCCGUUACCGUCGAAGACGCUCCCGAGACCACCGAAACUACUCCCAUCGAGCAGCCCGAGCCUGUCAACGCCAACCCAACGCCUCUCGAUGCCGCCAGCUCAUCCCGCACCACUCUCACAAAGCAGUACGACGCAAACCUGUUGCAGGAGGCUGCCAAGAUUAUUCAGGAUCACCAAGCCGAGUUCGACGACCGUAUCAGACAAGUCAUGAAGUCUACCGACGAGCUCGCCAGUCUCACAUCUCAAAUGGCCAGCUGCCAGCCAUUUACCACCACGUCAAGUGUUCCCAAGCUGUCUGGCCCGCUCUCGCCCGUCUGUCCAGCCAGCGGUGCCAUGUUUGCCGUCUGCUGCAACAGCUGCGAGCAAAACAUUCCGGAUGCCCAUUAUCACUGCUCCACCUGUGAUGACGGCGACUUUGAUCUUUGCCAGUCUUGCGUUGAACAGGGCAUUACAUGCUACAGUGAUGACCACUGGCUGAUCAAGCGUACUAUGAACAAUGGCCAGAUUGUAAACAGCACAACCGAGACUAUUGCUCCCAAGCUCAAGCUUAAAGCUAAGGCUGAACCCGUCAAGGUUGAGGUUCAGGAGCCUGGAAAGGGAGUUAUCGAUCCGACUCUGUGGACGAUUGCCCAUUCCAUGCACGUUGGCAGCCGCCCUUCUUGUGUUUUACCGAGGUCGUCUGCGUUUCCUCCCCGAGUUGCGCCGCUUGGUAAUAUGCGCACAUGCAACCAGUGUGUUCGAGAACUUCCUGAGCGUGAGUUCCUUCACUGCACAACUUGUGAGGAUUAUGACCUCUGCCAACCUUGCUUCGCCAAGGAUGCCCAUGGCCACCACCCCAGGCAUGGCUUCGCGGCUGCCGUGCCCGGCACUGAGAUGCCAACCCACAUCCGUGUCAAGAUGAACCCAGGCCGCAAUCAGGUCCACCACGCCAUCUGUGAUGGUUGUGAUUCUUACAUCACUGGCGUCCGCCACAAGUGCCUCGACUGCCCUGACUGGGACUACUGUGCCGAGUGUGCCCAGAAUGCUCACUUUGUGCAUCCCAAUCACCGAUUUGCUGCCAUUUAUGAGCCGCUCACAGACCUGCACGCCUCCGUCAUUUCCCAGCCUGUCCACAUGGGCAUCUGUUGCGAUGGCCCCCUGUGCAGUGCCACUCAUGCCAUGACCUCGUACAUCAGAGGCAUUCGCUACAAGUGUGCUGUGUGCCAUGACCUUGACUUCUGCGCCAACUGCGAGGCCAGCCCUGCCAACGAGCAUAACAAGACUCACCCCCUCAUCAAGUUCAAGACUCCUGUCCGUCACGUUAGCGUCACCACGUCUGGUGAGCACCAAGACGGCAAGCGUAUGCCGGCCAUGGGUGACCGCUCGAGCACCAGCUCCAAGGCUACGGAGACUGUUAACAGCCCGGCCACCAACAGCGUCAAUGCCGUGCAAACCGUCGUCGACGUCAAGCCUGUCGAGGCUGCUAUUCCUCCUCCUCGCCCAGCCAAAGAGCCCAUUGCCAAACCCGAGCCUGUGGCUGUGGCACCAGCAGCUCCCAAGGCCGAGUUUAAGGAGGAGGAGCUUCGUGCCGUGUUCAUCCGUGACUGUGUGGCAGAUGGUACCAUCUUCCCUCCGAACCAGGUCUUCGAGCAAACCUGGGUCCUUCGAAACGAAGGCAAUACCGCCUGGCCCGCUGGGUGCUCUGUCAAAUUUGUUGGCGGCGACUACAUGGGCCACGUUGACUCUACUCACCCUGCCGGCAUCUCUGAACUUGUCUCCGCCUCUGAAUCUACGGUCUGCUAUGCCCCUCUCGCCCCUGGACAAGAAUACUCAUUCACUGCUUUGCUUCGCACACCCAUGCGCCCUGGUAAGAUGAUCUCAUACUGGCGGUUGACAACUCCUGAUGGCAUGCGAUUCGGACAUCGUCUGUGGUGCGAGGUUAACGUUCGAGCUGCUGCCGUUUCUGAGGUCAAACCCAAGACUCCUACCCCGACAACUCCGCCAACUCUAGUCAAGACAGAGCCUGUCGAUGAAUCCAGCCAGGCCAGUAGCACAAUGAUCUUCCCCAAACUCGAGAAGGAAUCACCAAGCGCCAGCAUGCAUGCGGAGGUCAAGUCUGAAACCACUGUUGCUGCCCCUGAGGAAGGAUUCGAGGAGUGCGACCAGGACGAUGAGUGGGAUGGCUCUGAGGACGGUUUCCUGACGGAUGAAGAAUACGAUAUUCUGGAUGCUUCAGACGAAGAAUUCUUGGAAGAGCAGGAGAAGAAACUCUUGAAGAAGUAG